AUGUCGGGAUUGCUUAAUUCGUCUUUGAACGGGUCGGCUUCAAAUCUCCCCGAGAGCUCUGGACGCUCAUUUAUGACAUCUUUUUCUGCUCAAUCUGGAGCCGCUUCUCCCUCUUUUCACCACACUGGGGGUAUUCAAGGGCUGCACAACAUUCAUGGUAGUUUCAACCUUCCAAACAUUCCUGGAGCACUUGGAUCAAGAAACGCAGCAAUGAGUAACGUGCCAUCUAGUGGGGUUCAGCAAUCUGCUAGCAGUCUUUCUGGUGGACGCUUUACUUCAAAUAACCUUCCAGUUGCUUUGUCGCAGAUAUCUCACGGCAAUUCUCAUGGCCAUUCAGGGAUGACAAGUAGGGGUGGCAUGAGUGUCGUUGGAAAUCCUGGAUAUAAUACAAGCACGAAUGGUGUUGGUGGUUCUAUUCCCGGGAUUCUCCCAACUUCAGCAGCCAUUGGUAAUCGUAAUGCUGUUCCUGGAUUGGGGGUGUCUCCAAUGCUUGGAAAUGCAGGGCCAAGGAUUAGCAGCUCAGUAGGCAACAUUGUUAGUGGGGGCAACAUGGGCAGGAGCAUGAGUUCUGGGGGAGGAUUGUCUAUGCCUGGUCUCACUUCUCGCUUGAACUUAAGUUCCAACGGCGGAAAUGUCCAGGGACCAAAUAGGCUAAUGAGUGGUGUUCUUCAACAAGCUUCUCCGCAGGUGAUGUCUAUGCUAGGCAAUUCCUACCCUUCUGCUGGUGGCCCACUUUCUCAGAACCAUGCUCAAGCAGUUAACAAUUUAAACUCUAUGGGAAUGUUGAAUGACGUGAAUUCAAAUGAUGCUUCUCCCUUUGAUAUUAAUGAUUUCCCGCAACUCUCUAGCCGCCCCAGUUCUGCUGGAGGGCCUCAAGGACAAUUGGGUUCAAUGAGAAAACAAGGUCUUAGUCCUAUAGUUCAGCAAAAUCAGGAGUUCAGCAUUCAGAAUGAAGAUUUUCCAGCUUUACCAGGUUAUAAAGGUGCAAAUCCUGAAUAUGGAAUGGAUCUACAGCAGAAAGAACAAACACAUGACAACAAUGUUUCCAUGAUUCAGCCUUCACAGUUUUCUAUGGGAAGAUCAUCAGGUUUUAAUUUAGGGGCCACAUACUCAUCACAUCGUCCGCAACAGCAACAACAUUCACCUUCAGUGAGUAGCAGUGGUGUCUCUUUUUCUAAUUUAAAUAACCAGGAUCUCUUUCACUUACAUGGAUCAGAUAUGUUUCCCUCGUCGCCAUCAACCUUCCACCAGCAGACCGGUGCUCACCCUGGCAUAGGACUGCGACCUCUGAAUUCCCAGAGUUCGGUUUCUGGGAUAGGAUCAUAUGAUCAACUCAUCCAGCAAUAUCAGCAGCACCAGAAUCAAUCUCAGUUCCGUCUGCAACAAAUGUCUCCUGUGAGCCAGCCAUAUAGAGAUCAGGGAAUGAAGUCCAUGCAAGCUGCGAGCCCUGCUCCUGACCCGUUUGGCCUGCUUGGAUUAUUGAGUGUAAUAAGAAUGAGUGAUCCUGAUCUGACAUCUCUUGCCCUAGGAAUUGACUUGACAACUCUUGGAUUGAAUUUAAACUCUACCGAAAAUCUUCACAAGACAUUUGCUUCUCCGUGGUCGGAUGAACCUGCCAAAGGAGACCCUGAGUUCACUGUGCCUCAAUGUUAUUAUGCCAAACAACCGCCUCCACUGACUCAAGCGUACUUUGCGAAAUUUCAGUUAGAUACAUUGUUCUACACCUUUUACAGCAUGCCGAAAGAUGAAGCUCAGCUGUAUGCGGCAAAUGAAUUGUAUAAUCGAGGAUGGUUCUAUCACAAAGAGCUUAGAUUGUGGUUUACUAGGGUUCCUAGUGCUAACAUUGAUCCCUUUGUGAAGAAUAAUGCGUACGAGAGGGGGUCAUACAUUUGCUUUGACCCAAACACCUGGGAGACAAUCCGCAAGGAAAAUUUUGUGCUCCACUAUGAAAUGGUGGAGAAAAGACCAACUUUACCGCAACAUUGA